AUGGAGAACGAGACGUGGCUGCACCUCCCCUACGUCCCCCACUACCUCCUCCGCGGUGACCCCUUCGCCUCUCGACUCUCCAAGGAGGCCGACAUCAUCGCCGCCUUCUACAUCUGUAUCAUAGGAAUUAUGUCUACAACGGGAAACGGCUAUGUCAUUUACAUGAGCAUCACACGCAAGACCAAGUUAAAGCCACCUGAGCUCAUGACAGUAAAUUUAGCAUUCUUCGACUUUGGAAUAUCAGUGACGGGGAAGCCUUUCUUCAUCGUGUCCAGUGUCUCCCACCGCUGGCUGUUUGGCUGGGAGGGCUGCCGCUUCUACGGCUGGGCGGGUUUCUUCUUCGGCUGUGGAAGCCUCACCACCAUGACCGUUGUGAGCCUGGACCGGUACCUUAAGAUCUGCCAUCUCAGAUACGGCACGUGGCUGAAGCGCCAGCACGCCUUCCUGGGCCUGGUCUUCGUGUGGCUGUAUGCAGCCUUCUGGGCCACCAUGCCCCUGGUGGGCUGGGGAAGCUAUGCACCGGAGCCCUUUGGCACCUCCUGCACCCUGGACUGGUGGCUGGCGCAGGCCUCCUUGUCAGGCAAGACGUUCGUCAUGGCCAUCCUGGUCUUCUGCCUUAUCCUUCCCAGCGGCAUCAUCGUCUUCUCCUACGUCAUGAUCAUCGUCAAGGUCAAGUCCUCCGCCAAGGAGAUCUUGCACUGUGACGCACGCAUCAACAAUGGCCACAACCUGGAGAUGAAGCUCACGAAGGUGGCGAUGCUGAUCUGCACUGGUUUCCUGAUCGCCUGGAUCCCUUACGCCGUGGUAUCGGUGGUGUCGGCCUUCGGCAAGCCCGACUCGGUGCCCAUCGCCGUCUCUGUCAUCCCCACCCUGCUGGCCAAGUCCUCGGCCAUGUACAACCCUAUUAUCUACCAGCUCAUCAACCUGAAGCACUCCUGUGUGAAGUCGUCCUGCUUCCGGGUGCCGAAGAAGCACAGGAAUUUUAAAAAGUCGAGGUUUUACACCAUAUCCGGCACUUUGAAAGACGCACCACCAGCGAACGAAGCUCACAUCGAGAUUUGA